AUGCGACAGUCGUGGGUAUUUAAUAAACCCCCUCCGAUACUAGAAUCUCCAAGUGUAGUUCUUCCGACUCCUAUACUAGACAAGAAUGGACUUUCUGCCAAAUCGAGAUUGUCCAUACUAAUAAUGCAAAAGGGACCAGGUGAUAGACGUAUAUCUAAUGGGUUCCUUUUUAAACCGCCUGAAACGGGAAAACUGAACGAAAGUAGUCACGAGAAUACGAGCACAACGACGACGACAUCGUCGUUGUCUUCUAUUAAUAGUGAGAUACCCAAAAGUCUUGAAGAAUUAUUUAGACAACCUAAUAGUAAUUACAAUAAUGUUGAUAAUAACAGUAAUCAGUUAUCUGAAGAUUAUCGUUCAGUUGAACCAGUGCCAAUCUCAAAUAGACCACUUUCACAUGCUUCAUCCACAACACAAGAUAGUGACUACGACGCACUAUCAGACUCGAUACUUUCGUCAUCACUAUCUACAACACACACUUCUAUAUACACAAACAAUCGUGAUAGUAUUAUAACAGAUAACACUUCAAUAUUGAGCUCAUCUCCCACUCAAAAUGACCUUGUAAUCAGCGAGCAAAUAAAUGCUUCACGUCAUUAUUACAAAGGCUCUUUUCAACCCCUAUCAAUAACAAAAGAAAAUAAUAGUCGUUCUCAUCAUCGGUAUUCAAUGCCUCCCCCGAGUUCAGAUUCAUCAAAUAAUAUUAGUAAUUCACGUAAUGUUGGAUCGUCGUCGUCUGCACGUCGAUCCUCAAUGCCCAUUUUUACGAGUCUUGAAAAUGUGCCGGAAAAUCCUUUUUCGGCUGAUUCUGAAAAUACGCCGGUUACUACCAUAGCGCCGUUUAUUACUGUAUUUGAAGAAGACGAAGAAUAUGAAAAUAAUUAUAAUGAUGAUAAGCCAAAAAAACAAGAGCAAGAGCAAGAACAACAAUCAAAUUUGGAUCAUUUACGGCGUGAUUCAUCAUAUUGUUCUGAUGAUAAUACUGCUUUUAACUUGCUUUUGCUAAGAUCUUCAAUAUCUUCUGUUAAGUCAGCAUCAAUGCUUAAUGCACAGCUAAAGAGUAGAGGCUCCGUUCGUCUAAGAAUGAAUCUAAUGAUGCAAAAACGGCAUAAUAUCGCGUGGGAGAUAUUAACCACUGAACGACAUUAUGUUGAUUGUCUUUUGCUUGUACAACGACUUUUUCUACAACCCCUCCUUCGCUCUCUUUCCACCGCAAAUCCAAUACUAACAAAAAAAUUUAUCAAUGAAAUAUUCGCAAAUUUCUUGGAUCUUGUGAGUUUGAAUACUGAAUUACUACGAAGGCUAGAGAACAGAAUUAUGGGCGGAUCACAAGAAAGUGCUGUUGAUGAUAUUACUUGGAAUCCCGAGAUUGGAUGUGUGGGAGAUAUAUUUCUUAAUAUGGGGCCAUUUUUUAAAAUGUAUUCGAUAUAUGUGAAAAAUUUCAAUUCAGCACUUGCUGCUAUUGAUGUGCAAUUACGGGAAAACCCAGCAUUUUCGUCAUUUUUACGGAAUGUAAUUAAAACCGGACAAUGUAAAGGCCUAACACUACAAGCAUAUCUAAUAAUGCCAGUACAACGUAUCCCGCGCUACAAAUUAUUACUCGAAGACUUGCUAAAAAAGACCGAUGAAAAGCAUCUGGAUUACCUAAAUCUCAAAAAAGCAUAUCAAGUUAUCGAAAACGUCGCCACGUUUGUCAACGAGACAAUACGACAACACGAGAUGUUUAUCACAAUGCUUGAUAUCCAGAAAUCGUUGACCGGGUUCGAUGAGGUUUUGUUGGUGCCUGCUCGGACUUUUAUUAAAAGAGGAACUAUUAAGAAGAUUUGUCGCCGGAAUCAUCAAGAACGCGAAUUUUUUUUGUUUUCUGAUAUUUUGAUAUAUGCCAGUCCUGGUAUAGUCGAGAACCUUUAUAAUUUCCAUCGAAAAUUCGAGCUAGAAGAUGUGACAGUAAUUUCUUUAGAAGAUACAGCCGUUAUGAAGCAUUGCUUUCAAUUAAUGAGCCCGCAAAAAAGUUUCACACUCUACGCUGACACCUUAAAAGAAAAAGAAGCUUGGAUAAAUGCCAUUCGUGAAGCUAAAGAGGAAUACCUUUGUGCGAAAAGAACGCUAAAAAUCGCCGAAGAUAACGUAUCACUAGACCGAAAAGACACUUUCAAAAGAAAGCGGAUAGUUGAUAAUUACCACGCGCCCGUUUGGGUACCCGAUACAUCUACCGAUCGUUGCAUGAACUGUUCAGAUGAGUUCACCAUCUUUCGAAGGAAGCAUCAUUGUCGUGCUUGUGGAAAAAUUAUAUGUCAUGCUUGCUCGACUAGAAAUUUUGUCAUUCCUGGCUCCAAUGAACAAGAUGAUCAAAUUGUGCGUGCUUGUGAUCCUUGUUUGUUCACCAUGUUUCCUGACGCGAUACGGGACGAAGAUAUUGCUCCUGGAAUUCAAGUUUGGAAUCAUAAACCAUCAUCGAUAUUAUCAGCUACUACGAAUAAUUCCGAAAAUAAGGAAAAUGAUUCCAUUAGUUCAAAACGUUCUACCGAGGGCUCUAACUUCAGACUCAGUUCCAGUUCUAAUUCAUUAGUUCCUAAUGUUCGAGGGUAUUUUAGAGAGUCGAGUUCAUUGAAAAAUCUUAAGUCUAUUCAUGAUGUGAUUGUGGCAAAGCAAUGCGAGUUAUGUAGAGUGGAUUUUAGUGUAUUCAGAUGGCGGAAUGUUUGCUUUAGAUGCAAAAAAAUUGUAUGUACCGUAUGUCUUACCAAGAAACCAAUUGACCUUACUCUACUACCCGAGAAAUUUUUUUUGGAACUAUUGGCUGAACAGAUUCAGCCUCAACAAGAAUCUUCAAAUCCUCGUGAUAGUCUUGCUAACUGUUCCAUUCGACUUUGUGAUGUUUGUUUUCUUGGGAUUGAACCGAAUCGAGUUAUUGUGAAUGAAGAAGGCGGUGGGUGGAUGGUGAAUGGAUUAUUCUCGCCUUCGAUUUCUCCACCGGUACUGUCAUCGUCACCUUCUUCCAAUAAUACAGAAAAUUUAGAUGAUGUAAAAAACGACGAUAGUGGAUAUUCUUCGAAAUUAACAAACACAUCAACAACAGAAUAUUUCAACCUUCAUCCUCAACAUCAUUCUUAUUACCCUCAACAUUCUCCCACUUCUCUUCUUCCUCAUUUUUCUAGUGUAACCAACGAUGAAAAUAGACAAGACGAUGAAAAGAUUGAAGAGUGA